CGCCACUGAAACGGUAGACAUGAGCAACUUUGUCGUGGAUGCAGUCGCGCAGUUCAUCGAGGGCGACGGGUGGCGUCUGCCGCUCGAGCGCUUCUUCGCCGCCCACAAGGCUGCGUUCGUCGGUCACUCGCGCGCCGACGAGCACACCCUGGCGCAGCACGCGGUCUUUACGCAGUUCACCGACGUGGCCGAGCGCCUCCUCGAGGCCAUGGUGCUGGACCUCGGCUGCGACCCGUCGACGCUCUUCGACGCGCUGCAGGAAGCAAGCAACGGCGUUCGUGCCCCGAGCACGCGCGCCCUUGUGGAGACGCUCUUGUCGUACGAAGACUUUGGCGCCUUUUGCGACCGGAUGGCUGCGUACGUCCAUGCGUCGGCCGAGAGCGCGACGCGCCAGGCACAAGCGCAGUUGGCGUCCUCUGAGUGGGUCCUCCAAGAUGUGCUCGCUCGGUCGCUCCUCGAAGCCUCGGACGAUGGCUCGCUACCCGACGAAGACACGCCGUAUGUCCCGUGGGCCCGCGUGAUUCUCGAGAUGACGACGACGUACCAGCGCUUGGCGGCCACGGUGAAUGCCGCAGGCGUCGAGGCCGAAGACCUGCGCACACGCAUCACGGAGCUGCAAGCCGCGCUAACCAAAGAGCGCCUUCGAGUCGACCUCGUUGUCGCCCAGCGCUUGGCCGACGAGAACGCGCAAAUGCGAAGCCGGAUGCGGCAGCUGUGUACUUCGUCUUGUUGUAUGGACGCCGACGCCAAGGUACGCGCGGUCUAUAUCGUUUCUCACGAAUCAACGCUCAGCGACGUCUGCGACCGCCUCGACGCGAUUCCAGCUGAGCUUCGAGAGAUGAAGAAGCGCUGUUUUGCAGUGACAAGUGUGCGCCCCGAGCACUUGGACGAGCUCUACCUCUUUCUAAAAGACAAGGUGCACCACAAGCACGAUUUGGCCACGUGCGAAGAUGAGAUUGCGGCGUUUGUCUUUGCGCGUUUGGCCCCGGCGGAUGCGCCGAUGGUGCGCGAUAUUCUGCAAUGGCUAUUGCUCGAAUCCGAAGCCAUCGACUUGGGCAAGGAGCUCCAAGCACUCAGCUUUGCGAGUCCCCGCGCCGACGCCAAGGACGAGGACGCCGCCGACCGAUGGGUGCAGACGUGGAGCGACCUCGACAGUGCAUAUUACUACGUCAACAGCGUUCUGGGAACGUCGCAGUGGGAGCCACCGCAAGCCAAAGACGGCAGCCCGAUAUUGGGCUACUACGACGAGACCAACACGUGGCAGCCGUACGCUUUUGGCUCUGUGAUCGCCACGAUGAGCGAGCAAAUGGUACCCGACGCCAAGGAUCUGAGCCAGGACGGGGACAAGAAAGACGCCAAGAUACAGAACGACGUCGCAACGAAUCUAUGUAGCGAAGCGUCGACAGGCGACGUCGACAGGCGAGGUGCGAUCGACGAGGUCGCACUCUCGUCAACGGAGAUCGACCACUCGAGUAUCCACACUGUCCACGACCGUCUCUCCGCGUCUGUGUCGACAACACCGGACGCCGCGCUGCUGGACAUGGAAGUCUCGCUGCAACGCGUGCUGCAGGAACACGCAGAAGAGUCACGGAAGCUCGCAUUGACACUGCAAGUGGAGCAGGCUCGCCAAGCCCAAGACAUUCAGCGACGAAAGGCCCAGCGCCGACAAGAGCGCCAGAUGCGACGGUCGUCCAAGCCAAACGACGCAGUAGUAACGCCGACAGCCCUCCCUGCGCCAGCGCACCUGAGCAUCUGUCUCCCCGAAGGCCGCAAGGUCGACCUGCUGCAAUUGCUCAGUGAGACAGACGAGGAGCAGCGACGCUCACGGCGCGGCCUCCCGCGCAAAAGCGGCGGGCUCAACGUCACGAGCUUGAUGUACCUCGCCAAGAAGAUCGCGCCCAAGUCCAAGUACAUUGAAAUCGAAGAGACGUACGCGUUGUAG